AUCAUUAUAAAGAUUGAAAUUUUUGAUACUCGUAGCAUGACAGACACCCCCAGCGCUGAUUGUUCGAGUGAAUUCCCCUGCGUAAAAAAAGUAAAUCACACGAGCCAAACUCGCAAAAGAAAAAGUCUACUCUUGACGGCACAAAAUGGGCUUCGCUGAUGGUGAUAUCUACGAUGACGUCUCGCGGCCACAGAGCCGACGAGUCUCAUUCGCUCUCGAGAGCGAAGCGAUUUCGCCAGACGACCUUCUUCUUCCCCCUGCCGAGCAAGCUCCGCCUCAAACAUCGGGGUUGUAUUAUCAAGGACUUGGAGGUGGCGCGCUCGCGAGUGAAGAUCCAGUGUCCUGUCAGACGACGAGGCAGUAUUUGCCAUUUCCCGCUUCGGGUAUUUACACCGAUAGCACGGACGCUGCGGGUGCGAGUAGCAGGAGCGCUAGAAUUCCAUCUGAGGAUCUUGGAGACAUUUCGACGUACACCAAUAAUGGACGGACUGGAGAUAUGUACUAUGAAGCUCCUAUUACCGCUGUUGCAUCAACUUCGGCACAAGCGCAACCAGUUGUGCCUGGAUCUCUAAGAACCAGAGCUGCUGCCACAGCCUCAGGCGCUGGCGUCUUUACCUCAGGACGAGACGGUAGUGCAGCGGAUGUAGCACCGAUGACAGACAAUGCAUGGACACGACGAGGAAGUGGAGCUUCAACACUUGCUGAGCCAGCCCUCGGAAAUAAUGCUUCAUCCGCAACUGCAGCAAGAACUAGUACUGAACAGGAGGAGCCUAGGAUCGGUGGGAGUAGAGGAAGUUCGCCCUCGCGUUCGCUCUUGACUGCGGACUGGACAAGGACAAGAGUCUCUAGGUCUUCGGAGCGAACUCCACAGCGUCCUGCCUCGGCUGCUGCGCGUCUUGUGACCUAUCCAGAUCUCUCAGCACAUGCAUCAAAGCCAGGACCACAGCAAGAACAGCAGGAGAAGAACCGGAAAAAACGGCAAUACUUCAAGGAUCUGCAUGCGAAAGUGAAUUAUCCUCAGAUCCGAAAGAGAACCAUAAAGCCGGAUCAUGAUCACCCCUUCUUGUCGCGAAAGGAUCACCUUUGGUUGAAACCCGAGAUGACAACCAGCGCAAAUGCAGGAUGGUUUCAAGAAAUGGGCAGAGAGCGACCACCUAGCGCGGAAUCUAGUAUUAAGGCUACACCAGUAAUUGCAUCUCCAUCUUCUUCUGAAGCUAAUUUAACUGUAGUGCAUCUUCCCAAGGUCCGUCGUCUCAAGGGAAAGCGCUCACCAAGAAGGAUGCUCUUGCAGAUGGAUUUAUGGAAAUUCUAAGGGUAGCAGUAAUUUUGGACUAGCAAGAAGCGGGGCACGAUCAAGGUCGGGCAGUACUCAUGUUCUCUAUGGAAUUUGCAACAUUCGCGGAACAGUGAGCGCAAGGUAUAUCUGGCAUAAUUUCGACUGCUUGUUGAAGAUAGUAGCACUGUCUCAAUAAUCCGAUGCAGUACGGCUACGGAUGACGUAAAUUGUGAAUAGAUCAUCAUGCACAACUUUUUUCAACUUCGUUUUCAUGUAUCUUUCAUAUGUAAAUCUAUUAAGAUUAAGCGAAGUUUCAUCUACUUGCCUCCUUUUCGACCACCAGGUAUCUGGCCCCCUUUGGCCUCGAGAACGUGCGAGGGCAAUUGAAGGAGCCGAGUGUCGUUCUAUGGGAGAUAGUGGGUGCUCUUAAUGGAGCCUUUCCCGCAGCUGCGGAGCACAACGAACGUAAUUGCUUCAUCCGCUGUCUUUAUCCAAGGGGAUUCCUGGAUUGUCAAGCUCGACCCCCAGUUUCAUCCACGGAAGAAGAUGAAGGAGCAUCUAAUUCUAAAUUGGGGGUUCGGGCAGAUGAAAAUGAUCUCUACCUUGCUUGUGACGGUUUGCGCCUGCGCAUCACCGAUAACGAAAGGGAGCGCGCAUGCUUCACAUUAGAGCGGCACGCCGACGGGACAGAAAAAAUCGCUUUCGAGCACUACUACGUGAGGGAGGAAAGCGGCGUCUACCAUCUGACUACAAACGAAGCGCAUGCUAGCAGAUUCAAACUCCAGUGGGACCUCAGCGCUACUCCAGUUAAGGCUCACAGUAAUCUUAAUUUUACUUCUUUUUCACAGGUGAAUGAUCAUUAUACAUCUGUCAUCUCUGUACCCUCCUACUGCUACUCCUACUUAGGAGCUGAAUAGAUGAGCUCAGAAGAAGAUGACCGCGUGUGGGCUCCAACCCACGCGCACCUCCUAUGGUAGACGGAACUACAGGGCACGUGGCUGCAGGUGGCUUGAUUGAUGAAGCACAUCGACACGCGGUAAACAGCAAAUUUGCGAAUCGGACUAGCGCCAAAGCUACUGAAAGCUUCGCCCUCGAGCUGCGCGAUGCGUCUCUGGCGCCGGUUCCUUCCGGUGUGAAAAUAGUUGAGGAAGACCGCAUGCACGCUUUAGGCAGAUGGAAAGGUCGAAUUCGGGCUCUAAAAGAGUCAAUACAGUCUGAGCGUGUUCUUGCGCGCCGCGCUGAGGCGAAAGAACUCGCACUUCGCAAGAAAAUACACCAAAUGAUGAAAUACACGCCUGAAUUGUAGUGGCAUGAUAGUGCUUGAAAUAGUUUACCUGUGUGUGUUGAGUAAUGACUUUGACUGCACACAUCAGAGAUGCACGACUUAAGAAAAACAGGCUCAGACAGGCGAAGUCAACUGCAGCUGGCGUUUGUACUUCUUCUU